CUGGUUGUUGUUCCAAACAAAUAACAUAGUUUAGUUUGAGUUUGAGCGAAAGUAAUAUCUAGUAAAUCUAGUGAACUUCACAAAUCAUCAAAGUUCUUGAAAAGCAACGAUAAAAUCGCAAGUUGUACUGUGGGAUUCUUCAAUUAAUUAAUUGAAAAUCAAAUUUUACGAAGUAGUCACAAGGAAUAAAUACAGCAAAAAAAUCUAGUGAUGGUUGUCGCUGUGAAAGUUUUCAAAAAAUCCGCACCAAAUGGCAAGCUAACCGUGUACUUGGGCAAGCGUGACUUCAUCGAUCAUGUGGACUAUUGCGAACCCGUCGACGGUGUGGUCGUAAUCGACCAGGAAUACCUGCGGGGACGCAAGGUUUACGGUCAGCUCAUGACCAUCUAUCGCUAUGGUCGCGAGGAGGAUGAAGUCAUGGGGGUCAAGUUCUCCAAGGAAAUGGUCCUGGUCAAGGAUCAGGUCUAUCCCAUGGUGAACUCCAAGAUGGAGAUGACCCCAAUGCAGGAGCGUCUCAUCAAGAAGCUGGGCGAAAAUGCAUAUCCGUUCACAUUCCACUUCCCGAACAUGGCCCCAAGCUCGGUGACGCUGCAGGCUGGUGAGGAUGACCAGGGUAAGCCACUCGGCGUUGAGUACUCGAUCAAGAUCUACGUCGGUGAAGAAGAAGAAGAGAAGGGUCAUAAGCGUAGCACCGUCGGACUGAUGGUCAAGAAGCUGCAACAUGCUCCUACCACCCGCGGUCGUCGUCUACCUUCGUCGCUGGUCAGCAAGGGCUUCACCUUCUCGCAGGGUAAGAUCAACCUGGAGGUCACUCUCGAUCGGGAGAUCUACUACCACGGCGAGAAGAUCUCUGCCAAUAUUGUGGUGACGAACAACUCACGCAAGACCGUCAAGAGCAUCAAGUGCUUCGUGGUGCAGCACUGCGAGGUCACAAUGGUCAACGCCCAGUUCAGCAAACACAUUGCUUCGCUGGAGACUCGUGAAGGCUGCCCGAUCACCCCGGGAGCAAGCUUCACCAAGUCCUUCUUCCUGGUACCGCUGGCUUCCAGCAACAAGGACCGCCGAGGAAUUGCCCUCGAUGGUCACCUGAGGGAGGAAGACGUCAACCUGGCCUCGUCGACGAUGAUCAGCGAAGGCAAGAGCCACUCCGAUGCCAUGGGUAUCAUCAUUUCGUACUCGCUUCGGGUGAAACUGAACUGCGGAACCCUUGGCGGAGAGCUGCAGACUGACGUUCCCUUCAAGCUGCUGACCCCUGCUCCCGGAACCGCUGAGCGCGAACGCGUCAACGCUCUGAAGAAGAUGAAGUCGAUCGAGCGUCAUCGCUACGAGAACUCCCAUUACGCCGACGAUGAUGACAACAUUGUCUUCGAGGACUUCGCUCGGCUGCGAAUGAACGAACCAGAGUAAGCUAAACCUGUCUCUGCGACAAGUUAGCACCUUUUUUUUCUCCUAUUAACUCUCAACCGUUAGAUUUGAUUUGAAAGCGUCCUGUUCUACCCUUAUCCGCCAAAUCUAACCUCCACAUACUAAAAUGGAUACAACAAAGACUAGUUGUCAAAGACAACCUACCUAAUCGAGAAACUAUGUGAUAUUUCAAAAAAUUGAUUUGCCUCUCUGAUUUGAAAGUCAUUUUAGAUUUCUGAAUAUUUAGUUUUAAAAAGUAAAAAAAUAACAUAAAAAACACAAAAAAAUAAUCCUUAAGUAACACGAAAAGUUUUGAUUCAUCGAUUAAUUUUCAUUUCGAAUAGACAACUGCGCAGUUGAACAGACUACCAUCCUCGUAUAAACCAGAUAAUGCAAAAGCAAAAUUAAUCGAUCAAUCGAACAAUGAAUCUACAAGCCAAGUAACUAGUAACCAGAAGUGAACGAAUCGAAACAAGCUCUUCAAGCGUGGUCCUGGCGGAUUGCAACGGAGCAGGCAUUUCAGUGGGAAUCCAUCGCCGUCGCAAUCCCAGAAUCCAAGUAUUAAUUUUAAGCCAAAAGAAGUUAUGCAAACGACAUUGUGACACACGACAGCAAGCUUUAAGAAAAUAGGAUCUUAUUUGAUUACGUAUUUCGCACUUGAAACUUUGAUCAUCCCCGCCUCCCAGCCGGGCACACAAUCCGGUAUCGGGAACAAGUGGUUCCGGUCGAUUCUGGUGUGCGCGUUUCGAGCGGUUCAACUUGAAUAGGGAGGCGUGGCAUUCAAGUUUCGGUAGUUUCAGUUAAGUUUUUCGUUUUUGUGCCAAAUGGAAAGGAUCUCUUUUUGCGGGGCCUCCCAGAGAGUCGCUCCGGGAAGGAGACACUUUCCGGGCAGGUGAACAGAGCAAUAGCAGCGCAAUCCUCCUCCGGCUACGCGGACGACACCGAGCUUGGGAUUGUGUGCGUGUUUCAGGCAUGGAGUUCCGUGCAGCGGCCGGGGGAUUCCAUUUUGUUUAAACGUUGUAUAUCAAGCAAAAAAUAAAUAGAACAACAGGUACCUACAAUUGUCAAUUUCCUUGGUUUUGUUAUUUAGCUUUCGAUUUAGUUGUUUCGUUUGUUGUAUAAUAGUUAAAAUGCAAAUAAUAAAAAAACACUAAUCAGAAGUAUGA